CUCUCUCUCUCUGUGGCUGGAGCUCAGCGGCCACAGCUAGCCAGCCUCAGCCGGGGAGGAACAGAGGUUUCUAACCCUGCCUGAACGGUUUCUUAAACAACUAUAACGCCGAGCAUGCAACAAAAACAAAGCACUAAUGAAAUAUUUUUUCCCAUUCAUUGAAAACGAGUGCUUUAUCCUGUUUCCAGAGGAGGGGUUUGGAUGCAGAAUCGCCGUUAGCUAGCGGGCUAGCAGGCUAGCAGAAAUGCUACAGUAGGAUCCUUGUUGUUUAGGUAGCUUUCCUGAAAACAACAGAGAUGCAGCUUUCUGUCAAAUAACGGUGCAGGAUAUUCUCUGUGAGGAAUUUACUUAUAAAAGGAGUUAAUCCCGGUAUGGGGGACAUGAAGACCCCAGAUUUCGAUGACCUGUUGGCAGCAUUUGACAUACCUGACAUAGAUGCCAAAGAGGCCAUCCAGUCUGCCCCGGAUGAGGCAGAGGGACCCCAUGGAGCGGCAGGGCCACCUCUGGGAAAGACAGACAGCGUGGUGGGAUCAUCCUUGAGACCACCGAGCCCGUCAGACCCCCAGUCUGACACCUCCAUUGUUAGUGUGAUUGUGAAAAAUAAAGUCCGCCUCGAGCCUUCAGAUGGAGGAGAGGGAGACGCGGACCAGGACCCUAUUGAUGUAAUCACAGGGGUCGACGUGGGUCCUAGACUGGGUGCAUGUGCCCCUGGGAUUGCUGAAUCUGAGGCUCUCAACCACAACGGUUUUGGGGCAUCUGGUGCCUCCACACCCCUUCCCCUCAGCCAGACCCAGUCUAACGGGGCACCCUGGUCAAUGAACACCCCUAAAGUUUCUUCAGAGGCAGCAGGUUCUGGUGCAGCAAAGUCUCACAAACAGGGUGGAAACAUUUUCAACAGACUUAAACCGCUUGUAGCACAGGGGUCAGGAGAUCCAGUGGGCCGGGCCAGGAAGAUGCAGCUUCUCCAGCAGCAACACCAGCAACAGCAGGAUUCAGGCCAGGAGAGGGCCGACGGGGUCAAUGCAUCGUUACCUUCAUCGUCUUCUCUCUCAGCUGGCUCGUCUCCUCUGGCUGCAGGUGGACCCGUUGGACUAGCCUCGCCUUUCUUUCCACCUUCCAAGCCUCUGCUUCCAACUCCACCGUCUGCACCUGCAGCACACCCGCUGCACUCGUCUCAGCCGUUUAACGGAGCCUCUAAAAGCGGCCCUGGCGGGUUCCAGCAUCAGCAGAUGGAGGAGGAGGAUUCUGACCCUGACUUGGGGAGUCCACUGGUGAUCCAAGAGAACCCAGACUCCCCGACUUGCACUCAGCUGAGCCGACGUUACAAGUCCGACUCCGUCUCAGCCCAGCCCACGUCCUCGACUGCAUCUCACCCCAAACUUGGGGACACUCCUUCAGGGGCGUCUCAGACGUCAUCAACACCCCAGUCGAGCUCAAUAGAGAAUCCCCAGCUGGAGGACCGGCAUCCAGAACAUGUCAUCGAGGAGAGAGACUCACCAGAGAGUCCUGAACCAGAGAUGCCAAAAUCAACUGCUCAAGUUGCUUCUAAGAGGUCCUCCAGCCCUGCAGUGGCCUCCACUCCACCUCCGGCUGAACUUCGGGAGCCCAAAGAGGAGGAGGAGGAGAUGGAGGUUGGGAAUGGGAUUGAGAAGGUGGCUGAUGGCAAAUCUGACAAGGGAGAAAAUGCAAAAACAAGUGAGGAGAAGAUGGAAGUAGAUAAUGGAAAGCAAAAAGCACCGGUGACUGAUGGAGGAGAAACAGGUGGUGCUGCGCCUGCUGCUGCCGGAGCUCCAUCCCGACCCCUAAAAGUCAGAAUCAAAACAAUAAAAACCUCCACAGGCGGAAUCACCAGAACUGUCACAAGAGUAGCACCUAAAGGUGGUGCAGCAGGGAAAGGUUUGGACUCUAAAUCUCAAACUGGGGAGCGUAAGGUUUUAGGAAACAAGGCCCAAAAAGCCGACUCUUCCUCUGGUUUGACAACAACUUCCCAGAAAGUAAGUGCUCUCAACGCUCUGCCCGUGUCUACACUCGCAGCCAGCAGCGUCAUGCUAGCUGCCGCCACAAAGGUCCAGAACAAGAUGGCUGCAUCAGACAAGACCAAGGUUUCUGCCACUGCCGUCAGCAUCACUAAGUCUGCCGCCCUGCCUGCAACUCCCACUGUGUCAUCCUCUCCCAAGUUCUCUGUCGCUGCCGGUGGGAUCAGUGUACGUACAGCCACUAAUAAGACGGCUAACGGAGGAAGCAGCACCAUCAUAGGCGGCGCCCUCCAGCAAAACAAACCGGCCUCCAUCGUCAACAGCACAGGCGCCGUCAUCUCCCGCAGUCAGUCCAGCCUUGUCGAGGCUUUUAACAAAAUCCUGAACAGUAAAAACCUUCUACCGAGCUACAAGCCGGACCUCUCGGCUCCUCCGCCUCCUGAGUGGGGCCUCCCGCUCCCAUCCACAGGGUACCGCUGCCUGGAGUGCGGAGAUGCCUUCGCUCUCGAGCGCAGCCUGGCUCGACACUACGACAGACGAUCACUCCGCAUCGAAGUCACCUGCAACCACUGUGCUAAGAGGCUGGCCUUCUUUAACAAGUGUAGCCUGCUGCUGCACGCCCGGGAACACAAGGAGCGCGGGCUGGUCAUGCAGUGCUCACACCUGGUCAUGAGGCCUGUGACAGUGGAGCAGAUGAUUGGACAGCAGGACAUUACACCCAUCGGUGGCUUGCUCUCCUCUUCGUCCUCCUCUCCUCCAGUCUCCUCUCCCUCCACCACGACCGGAGGCUCUGCAGCCUCCGCUAACUCCAGCCCCAUGAAGGACGCUUCAGCUCCCGCUGCCUCAGCUCAGCCUCGACAGGUCCGCCGCGCGCCUCAGGGCCCCCAAGCCCUCAUGCCUCUUCCCUGCAAGAAGGCAGAAGGGCUGCAGUACAACAACUUCAAAUGUCCAGAGUGCCAAACACAAUUCAACAGCAAGGCUGAACUGGUCACUCACUUCCAGCAGAUCAGAGCUGCUCCUAACUCUACAUGUACGCAGUGCUCGCCUCCUAUGAUGCUGCCCAACUCGUGUGCCGUAUCCGCCCACCAGAGGAUCCAUAAACACAGAGCGCCUCAUGUCUGUCCGGAGUGUGGUGGGACUGCCAGACAGGCCAGCUUCCAGACUCACCUGGAGGAGGCCUGCCUGCACUUUGCCAGGCGCAUCGGGUACAGGUGCUCAAGCUGCCAGGUCGUUUUUGGAGGUUUGAACUCCAUCAAGUCCCACAUUCAGACUGCUCACUGCGAGGUCUUCCAUAAGUGCCCAAGCUGCCCCAUGGCCUUCAAAUCCUCCCCCAGCGCCCAGAGCCACAUCAGCACCCUGCACCCGUCACUUGUCGGAGGACAGGCCAAAAUGAUCUACAAGUGUGUGAUGUGUGACACGGUUUUUACCCAGAAGCCCUUGCUGUACAUGCACUUUGACACUCAUUUAGCCAAGCAGAAAGUGCAUGUGUUUAAGUGUCCUGACUGCACGAAGCUCUACGCUCAGAAAGGAUCUAUGAUGGAGCAUAUAAAGACCGCUCACAGAGGACCUGCAGCCAAACAAACAGACUCUCAGACCGAUUCCUCAAACGCCACCUCGGCCCCCACGACGACGUCCGGCCCCUCAGGCCUCAAAUCCAAAUCCUCCGGAAAACCUGACAACUCGGACGGAGAGGACUGGGGCCGGGAUCAGGAGGAGGAAGAGGAGGAGGAGGAGGAGGAGGAGGACGAUGACGAGGACUAUGAGGCCCCGGGGAGCAGCAGUCAACCCCCGUCCCAGACAGAGUGGACCUGCCCGCAGUGUCAGACCACCUUCACUGACAACGAUGACUACCUGAGUCACGUGAAGAUGGAGCACGGCAAGUUCCCCUGUCGUAUUUGUGGAGGCACAUUCAGCACGUCUUCCAGCCUGAGACGUCACGAGCGAGUCAUUCACGAGGGCAACAAGAGAGUGUUCCACUGCCAAUAUUGCACAGAAGGGAAGCGCACCUUUGGCAGUCGGUUCUUACUGGACAAACAUGUCCGGCUCCAUCACAGAACCACAGACGGACAGGGUCCCCCAAUGACCCGGAAGCGCGCGGCCACAGGUGGAGAAGGACCAGGCAGCUCCUCAGAACAAGAUGGGGAGGUGGGACCUCCUGGAGGCCGGGGAGGAGGAGGAGGAGGAGGAGAAGAAGAUGAGAACGCCACAGAGGACGGGGAGGAGGGUACAGGUCCCGCUAAGAGAACCAGGGCGUCUGUAGCUUCGACAUCAUUGGCCCCGAAUGAGCUGGAGGAGGAAGACAACAUUUUCCGCUGCAUCCCCUGCGGCUUCUCCACAGAGGACGGGGCGGAGUUCCAGCGCCACAUCCCGCAGCAUCGCGGCGACACCGUCUCCUUCCAGUGCCUGCAGUGCGGCGUCUGCUUCGCGUCGGCCGGCUCUCUCGGCAGACACAGAUUCAUCACGCACCGCGUCCGCGACACCCAGAGCGACGCCGACCGCGGCACCCCCCGCGCCCACCACGGCUCUCCCGAUGGCUCGCCCGCCGGCUCCCCGGGGGCGCAGGGCGAGGACGGAGACGGGAACCUGGGCUGCAAGGUGUGCGGACGGCGUUUCGACAAGGCCUCAGACCUCAACACCCACUUCAGGACCCACGGCAUGGCCUUCCUCACCGCACACAAAACGGACAAGCCUCAGUAGAGGGUGGGCGGGUCCUCUGAGACUGACGGGUCAUCUUCAGCCGGGAGACGAGAGGCUGAAAAAAAAUAUGAAUGUUGAUCCUGAGAUGAAGCACGUGCUUCCUGCGCAGUUUGUUUUUAGCCCCCACAAACAGUUUUACUUGAUCUAUGGCACCUCCUCUGUGCAAUUAAUUAUUGCAUGUUUGAUCAUGUUACUAACUGAACACACCUGUGAGAGACUCUUUGAGGGAAAAGGCUCUCAAAAUGACCCCGCCCCCCACCCCGCUCCCAGAGUAAAGCAUUUAUAUAUCAGCCAUACUGUGUCAUAAAGGUCAUGUCCCUUCACUUCAGUCACUCUGCACCGCCUGCAGCCACCUGCCUGUUUAUCAUGUUACACACCUUACCCACCGUACUCCAGACCGCUGUAGUGCCGAUAUUUUUCUACUUCACGUCUUCUCAAUAUUCAUACUCGUUUGCCUCAUCCUACUUUUUCCCAGCAUGAGAUCAGUUCUAACAGCUCCAGAGGCGGUUAAAACUGACCUCGAGCUAAUAUCACAAGACGUCUAAAGCAUGAAGGGGGAGUGUGUAGAGAAUUUGACACUGAUUUUUUAUGUUGCUAUAAUAUUUAUUUAUACGAAACACAUCACUGCUGUUGGUAUUUUUUGGACAAUGUGGCUGCAACAGAGACGUGAGAUUAGAAUCUCUGAAGGCAAAGAGGAGGUUACUGGAGGUGUGUAACCUGUGUUGUGUGUGAAAAAAAAGUGUGAUGUUGUUAAUCGUUAAGCUAGAAGAAGAAGAAGAGAGGUCAGGUUUCCUGCCAGUAGUAAAUGUGUACGAGUCUUGCCUUGUAAAUACAUAUAAUGACACUAAAGGAAAGCGUUCUGGUUUUAGUAUCUUGCUAUGAUAAUGUGAAUACGUAAAGUAUUUGUACUUGUACUGUUCCCCUUUUUUUCCCCAGACAAUUUGAGGUUAAAAAGAAAAAAGGUCCACCCCCCCCCAAAGAGGUAGCUAUACAUUGUAAUUACACAGCAGAGUGUGGGGGUCGUGUUGUCUUAAUGUGUAUGAAUACAAAUGUUUUAUCUCUUUGAGACGGUUCUUUUUUUAUCGACAGAAUCAGUGCUUGCUGUUCUCACAUUUCUUAUCUAUGUUUCAAAAAGCAGCCUUCAAGGUCACGUGAUGGAGGUCUGAGUGGAUUCUGUUUGUUUGUAUCUUUUAUAUGUCAUGAUAUCAUAUUUAUAUAGCUCAAUAGUUGAAGAUUUCACGUCAUUUUCUUUUCCAUGGUUGUGGUCUGCUUGCUGAAAUGCCAUACACUUUUGUGCUGUUUCGAAAAUAAAUGUGUAAAAAAGA